UGACUUUUUUUUUUUUUCUUUUUAAAGAAUCUUCCUAUAUGGAUCAGCCUUCUAGUGAUGGUGAAGCUGGAAGAAGGCUACUCUAACCAAACCCAGGAUGAAUAGACUGCCAGGUGAUGCAGAAAAUGCCCAUAGUAGCAGUCUGGGCUCUUGUCCUUCUUUGCGGGAUGUGCAUACUAUCAACCCAACGCAGCUGAUGGCAAGGAUCGAAUCGUACGAAGGCAGAGAGAAGAAAGGCAUAUCUGAUGUCAGAAGGACUUUCUGUUUGUUUGUUACAUUUGACCUCUUGUUCGUAACCUUACUGUGGAUAAUAGAGUUAAACGUAAAUGGGGGCAUUGAGACUACUUUAGAGAAGGAAGUCCUGCAAUAUGACUACUAUUCUUCAUAUUUUGAUAUAUUUCUACUGGCAGUCUUUCGGUUUAAGGUGUUAAUACUUGCAUAUGCAAUGUGCAGACUGCGCCAUUGGUGGGCAAUAGCUUUUACAACAGCAGUGACCAGUGCCUUUUUACUAGCAAAAGUAAUUCUCUCAAAGCUGUUCUCUCAAGGUGCUUUUGGCUAUGUGCUGCCCAUCAUAUCCUUCAUACUUGCCUGGAUAGAAACGUGGUUCCUGGAUUUUAAAGUAUUGCCACAAGAAGCAGAAGAAGAAAACAGGCUGUUGUUGGCCCAAGAUGCCUCUGAGCGAGCAGCUCUUCUUCAGCGUGGACUUCUGUCUGAUGGGCAGUUUUAUUCACCACCUGAAUCUGUAGCAGGAUCUGAUGAAGAAUCUGAAGAAAAACAGGAUAGUGAAAAACCAGUUGUAUAGCAAAUAUGAGAUAGCAGAGUGAAAAUCUAAAUGAGAAGUUGCCAGGAAUGUGAUUAUGUUGAAACUGUAAUGACUGUGUCUGUAAUUAACUUACUGAUGGAACUGCUAACAAAAGAACUUAUUAAUUAGAAAGCAAUGGGAGUGAUUCCCAUGUACUGUUACCUCACAAACCUGUAUCUUGUUCACACAUGUAUAUUAGGCUGCCUCACGGCUGAUAUGAAAAAAGUACUCGUCCAUAAUGUAUUCAAAUGAUUAUUGAAGUUGAUCUUCUAAUGACUAGAUAGUUAAUGGAAAGUGUUGUGCUUGUGUACCUAAUUAGUAGACCUGUAAUAUAUUGAAGUAAAACUUCUAUAUGAUGAAAAUAUAUUUAAUGAUUGAAUUCACUAGAUGAAAUUAUUUUACUUUGUUAAAAGUUUUGUCACUAAUUUUACAUUUUGCUUUUUUAACUCCAUUCAUUUUUCUUUUUUAAAUAGAUAUAUGCACUGUUUCUAAAAUAAAGCAAAACAUUAAUAAGACAAUGUCCUGUUCUAAUAUGUUUGCCCCCUUAUUGGAUGAAGGCUAUCUCUUCCCACUUGUUUGGCAACAAAUAGUUAACACUGACUUUUGUUCUUGCAUAGAUUUUAUAGGAAAGAUGUAAAAGUUGGUUUAAUUUUGCCCACUGUGAUACAGUCUAGUGUUAGGUGAAUCUAAUUCUUUGUGUAGCAGCCUAUGCUACAGGAGAAUCCUGUUUAUUUAAAUAGAAGGUGUUUGAAGUAUUUAUUCUGAUAAACCUUUGGUUCAGGUUUGUUUUCAUUGCAGAGGAUAGACAUGACUCAGUUUUGGUAAGGGGGGGUGUUGCAUAAGUUAGGUUUAUUCACAAAUUAUGAGGUUUACAUGGGCAGGAGGGAAUGAAGAAUAACGUAACAUGUUGGAAAGAUUUGUGAUCCCAAGCCCUGCUUUCUGGUGGUCACAUUUAUAAACCAGUCAUUAAAUACAGUUUAACAUUCACAUUCGCAAGUAAUAUUUUCAGUCUAGUACAAAGAACAGAAAACACCUUUUAUUUUCAGUCAUUUCUUCUUCACUUAAUCUUUUCUAUGCUGUUUGUUCUCAACAUUUUAUAUAAAUCACUGUUAAUGUUGCCCUGCAUCAUUUUCCAGUGUAAAUUCAACACCAUUGAUGAAAAUGUUGGCAUGAAUACCAAAGCACUAUGGAUCACAUUCUUUUUAAGUCCAUCUGUUGCAGUUGUUCAUCAGAUAUUACAGUAAGCCAAGAUUUCAAAAAAAAAAAAAGUUGAGGGACUGGUACUAUUCUUCACUGUAAACGUGGCAGUUUUUAUUCUCUUCUUCAGUGUCUUAGCUAGAGAAAUCAAGAAGACUAAACCCAUUGCUGUGAUUUUUUUUUUUCAGGUUAUCAGCCUGGGACUUAAUGUGGAACACCUACCCUUAAGAGCUCUCUAAUGGGUUACCCCAAAAUUGAAAUAACCCUUCAAUACUCACUUUAUAUCUUGCCCCAUUUGUUAAUUUUAACAAGUGCACAACAUCCAGCCUCCUAUGACUGUAGAUGGCACUGCUUUACUCUGAAGUGGCUUACAAGGUGGUAGCACUAGUUUCAGUAGACUCGUGUCACUAGCUAGAAAGAAAAAUUGAAGUGAAAAAGAGCAUCUUUUCCCCCAAUUCUCAACAGUCAGAAUAUUUUAUUUUUUCAGAAUAAUUUUCAUCCAGAGUUUGCGCAAGGCAUUUCUUUGGGUGGUGGAGUUCUUGGGAUUGUUACUCAUAAUAUGUACUUUGAAAUUAUGUUUCGACAAUAAAAUUUGAAUUUAU